UUCAACAGCAAGAAAGCAGACAAACAUCUUAAACUGGAGUGAAGAAGUUGAAAAAGACUUGGGCAACUAUGUGAGCAAAAACAAUACUAAUCAAAACAUACUCAUCCAGAAUCAAAAAGAAGAGGAACAUGCCUUUAACUCAAACAUUAAUAUGAAAGAAGGAGAAUACUAG